UUCUAUUUCUCUCACACUCAUCAACUUAAACAAGAAAACCAAAACACAAACCACAAUCAUGGCAUACAAAAUGCAAGCAUCGGUGAUAUUUCUCUUAUCCCUUUUCUCAUUCUCUUCCUCAAGCCCCGACAAUGGUAAUGGUGGCAUUGCCGUCUACUGGGGCCAAAAUAAUGGCGAUGGCGAUUUGAUAAGCACAUGCGACACAAACAAGUACAAGAUUGUGCUUCUAGCUUUCCUCAACAAGUUCGGUGGAGGCAGAACCCCAGCUUGGAAUUUCGCUGGCCACUGUGACAACGGCGCCUGGAAAAAGUGCUAUGAACUAGAGCCCGAAAUAAAACACUGCCAGGCCAAAGGGAUCAAAGUGCUCUUAUCCAUAGGGGGAGCACCUGACUAUUCAGACUACUCCAUCAGCUCCGCAGACGACGCAAAGAUUGUGGCGAACUACCUUUAUGAAAACUUCCUCAGUGGCCAAUUCGGACCACUCGGAAGUGUGACAUUGGACGGAAUCGAUUUCGACAUCGAAAAGACAGAAGAUCACUGGGACGACCUCGCCAGAGAACUGGACACUCUGCGACGCACCAAAGGGCGUUACUUUUACCUCUCCGCAGCGCCUCAGUGCCCAAUCCCAGUUUACUAUCUCGGCAAAGCCAUCGCCACGGGCCUCUUCGACUACAUCUUUGUUCAGUUCUACAACAACCCAGAGUGCUCCUACACCGGCGACGUGAAGCCCGUGUUGGACUCCUGGGACAAGUGGGUCAACCUGGUCCAGCCCAAUAACUCCCUCUUCCUGGGCCUCCCCGCUGCGCCCAGUGCGGCUUGGAUCGGUUACAUUGAACCUCAGAAGCUCAUUACGGAGGUGCUUCCGCACGUGAAGCUAGCGCCCAACUAUGGAGGGGUGAUGUUGUGGGACAGAUACCGCGACGUUCAGAAUAACUACAGCGGUCAGAUACUACCCUAUGUGUUCACUACGACGUCGCUUUCAGAUGCGAUAUAUGAGUGCGUCUCCAACGCGUUCCAUCGCCUCUUAACCUUAUCCCCCUAUGCUGCUAACUAGUCAUAUGUGUGUGGUAUGGGACAAGUGGAUCUAUGUAUGUGUGUAUUGAAUAAGUCACUUGUUGGUCAUAUCUAUGGUUAAUUUCCCUCCCAAAUCCCAUGCACAUGUGUGCAUGCGUGUUUCACAUUAAUAAUAAUGGACCCUCCUUUGAAUAUUAAAGCUUCCUUUGUUUAUGAGUA